AGAAUUUUGCAGAGUUUUGUAUGCGUGGCGUGCCGUUGAUUUCUCUUAAUAUCUAAAUAUAUUUACUUGUUCCGAUACUCGUUGUUCGACACUUGACAAGUAUUUAACAACAUAAAUUCGCUGGUAUAAAUUUUUGACAGUAGCGUGAAUAAAAUACACUUUUGUAUCAAUCAGAAUCUGCAUCAAAAAAAAAUGACAAUAAAAAAAAUUUGCGGAAUCGGUGCAGGGUAUGUAGGAGGACCAACUUGUAGUGUAAUAGCAAUGAUGUGCCCAGAUAUCCGCGUGACAGUUGUCGAUAAGAGUAAAGAAAAGAUAGCACAGUGGAAUUCGGACAAACUGCCAAUCUAUGAGCCAGGUUUGGAUGUAGUCGUAGAAAAAUGUCGCGGAAAAAAUUUAUUCUUCUCGACUGACAUCGAGGCUGCCAUAAAAGAGGCAGAUUUAAUUUUUAUAUCUGUCAACACACCGACCAAGACAUUUGGAAUAGGCAAAGGUCGUGCUGCAGACUUGAAGUACGUAGAAAAUACAGCUCGCAUGAUAGCUGAUGUGGCUACUAGUGAUAAAAUCGUCGUAGAAAAGAGUACCGUGCCUGUAAGAGCCGCUGAAAGUAUCAUGCAUAUUUUACGAGCCAAUCAUAAGCCAGGUGUUUCUUAUCAGAUACUUUCAAACCCGGAAUUUUUAGCUGAAGGAACAGCAAUUGAUAAUUUAAUGAAUCCAGAUCGAGUAUUGAUUGGUGGAGAAGACUCUCCACAAGGGCGUGAAGCUGUUGAAAAAUUGUGUAAAAUUUAUGAAAACUGGAUCAAGCGUGAUAAAAUAUUCACGACAAACACGUGGAGUUCAGAGCUUUCAAAAUUAGCAGCCAAUGCAUUUUUAGCUCAGAGAAUUUCGAGUAUCAACUCGUUAUCGGCUGUUUGUGAAGCUACUGGAGCGGAUGUAACUGAAGUCGCAAGGGCUGUUGGUUUGGACUCAAGAAUCGGGUCAAAGUUUCUUCAAGCUUCGGUGGGUUUCGGGGGCUCUUGUUUUCAAAAAGAUCUCCUUAAUCUGGUUUAUAUAUGCGAGUGUUUAAACUUGCCGGAGGUUGCGGCCUACUGGCAACAAGUAAUCGACAUGAACGAGUACCAGAAGUCCAGAUUCUCGACUAAAGUUAUCGAAAGUCUUUUUAAUACUGUCACUGAUAAGAGAAUCACGAUGCUAGGAUUCGCUUUUAAGAAAAAUACUGGCGAUACUCGAGAAAGUCCAGCUAUUUCCGUUGCUAAAAAUCUCCUUGAUGAGGGCGCUGUUCUUCAUAUUUAUGACCCUAAGGUUGAAGAAUCUCAAAUAAUUGACAAUUUAUCAGCUUUUGACGUUGAUAAUAUUAAAAAUCGUGUCAAUAUUUACCACGAUGCGUACAGCGCAACUAAAAAUACUCACGCUAUUGUUUUGUGCACUGAAUGGGAUGAAUUUAUUGAAUUGGAUUACGAGCGCAUUUAUUCAGAAAUGACUAAACCAGCUUACAUUUUCGACGGUCGAAAAAUCCUAGAUCACGAAAAAUUACAAAAGAUCGGAUUUAUUGUGCAGACCAUCGGCAAACGCGUGUCUCGAAUUGCGGUUUCAAGAACUUGGGGCAGCCCAACGCAGAUGUAAUCACCAGCAAUUGAAUCUCAAGUAUUAAUUGCAUUUUCAAUAUGAAUUAUAUGAUCAAAAAAGCAAUACUUAAUGGCAUUAUUAAAAGUAUUAUUGUAUAUAUAUUUUUAUUAUUUCGUUCAAUAUAAUAAUCUUUAUUCUGUGUAUAAAAAUUGUUAUUAUGGACUAUUUGUAAAUUUUUUAUUAUCUAUUGGUAAUAAAAUAAAAAAUAUUU